AUGGGCAACAACCCUUCCAAAGGCCCAGCCGGUGACGUGCCGGCAGGCCAUAUUCCCCAUGCCGCAAACGAGCGCAAGGUUGUGCGUCGCACUUCCUUGAAUGCGAUCCCGACUCACAAGGCCACCGCGGCGGACCCAUCCGCCACCAGGGAGACAGCCGCCGGGCAAUCGGCCGCUUACCAAGGCUCGGUGCAACAACGACUUCAAUCGCGAAAUCCAGCUGAUUCUUCGACCAAAGCCGCAAGCAGAUCCGAGAAGGUUGAUGGAAGGAAAACCGAUUAUGUGCAGAGCAGGGAUGUCCUGCCGCCAGACCACUCGAACCCGGUGCAGGUUCCCAUCUCGCGACCUGCCGCGGCGCGCGAUUCUGUGGCACCUUCGGGCCCGCCGCUUAACUCGUACUAUAGCGCGUCACAACAUCUGCAACGACCACCGCGUAUGCCAUUGCCUAUUGGCGAUGCCACGACCACGCCUGGCUCGCCCAUCAGCGGACCCGAGGAUUCACAUAUCCAAUCGCUCCCAGCGGACCAGCGCCUGGAUGAGGCGAUGGACCCGGAAGCAACUAAUCUCAGUAGUGCAACCCUGGAUGGGGAAGAGAUUGUGGAUGAGCUUUUUCAGCCAUACGCUAACAGCGGAGUUGGGAAGGCCGUGCCUACUAUUAUUGAGUGGUCCGGGCCGGGUCAGAAGGUCUAUGUGACGGGUACCUUUGUCAAUUGGGAGAAGAAAUUCAAGCUGUACAGAAGUGACAAUGAGGGCGGCGUCAUGUCGACGACGCUCAAUUUGCGCCCUGGUACACACCAUCUGAAAUUCAUCGUUGAUGGUGAGAUGCGAGCUUCGGAUACUCUACCUACUGCUGUCGAUUUCACCAACCACUUGGUGAACUAUAUUGAAAUUAGCGCGGAUGAUGGACAUGACAGUAUCCCGCCAGGUAUUCACCCUCCGCAGGUUCUACCAGAUAGUUCCAAGGAAGGGCAGUCAGACGAUGCGACGGUCGACCCUCCAAAGAAGGAAGAAGUCGAGGAGGAAGUUCCUCCUGGUGACUUCGGCAGGGCCAUUCCCCAAUUCCUCGCGGAUCUGGACAAGGAAGAGGAUAGCCCUGCGUAUCUACAGGCGGCGAAUGUCAUUGGUGACAUGCCUACCCCUCCUAGUCUGCCGCUGUUCCUGGGCAAGUCAAUUCUCAACAGCAACACUCCGACAAAAGAUGACAGCAGUGUGCUGAAUUACCCCAACCAUACUGUUCUGAAUCAUCUCGCUACGAGCAGCAUCAAGAAUGGUGUUCUGGCUACGAGUGUCACGACCAGAUACAAGCGCAAGUAUGUUACAUCAAUUUUGUACAAACCGACUGGCGAUAUUACGGAGUGA